GGCGGCGGCGGCGGCGGCGGGGGGCGGUACGCGGCUUCCCGCUCGGCCGGCUCGCUGGCCUCGAGCGGCUUCCACUCGCAGUCGUGGUCGCGGGGCUCGACGUCGCUGUCGGCCUCGGGCUACCGGCGCCUGGGCGGGCCGGGGGGCGCGCUGAGCCAGCUGGGCUCGUCGACGGAGAGCCUGGAGUCGUCGCUGAACGGCGAGCUGCGCGCCCGCAACGAGAAGGAGGUGCUGCAGGCGCUCAACGACCGCUUCGCCGGCUACAUCGACAAGGUGCGGCAGCUGGAGGUGCAGAACCGGCAGCUGGAGGGCGAGGCGGCGGCGCUGCGGCAGCAGCAGGCCGGGCGCUCGGCCAUCGGCGAGCUGUACGAGCGGGAGAUCCGCGACAUGCGCGGCUCGCUGGUGCAGCUGGGCGCCGAGAAGGGCCAGCUGCAGCUCGAGCAGGAGCGCCUGGAGGAGGACAUCGCCCACCUCAAGCAGCGCCUCGACGACGAGGCCCGCCAGCGCGACGAGGUGGAGGCGGCCGCCCGCGCCCUCGCCAAGUUCGCCGACGAGGCGCACCUGGCCAAGGGCGAGCUGGAGAAGAAGCUGCAGGCGCUGCGCGACGAGAGCCUCUUCCUCCGCCGCGGCCACGACGACGAGGUGGCCGAGCUCCUGCAGCAGAUCCAGGGCAGCGGCGUCGUCCAGGUGGCCUUCGAGGCACGCGAGGCCGCCCUCAAGGCCGACGUCACCUCGGCCCUCAAGGAGAUCCGCGCCCAGCUGGAGGGACACACCGUCAAGAGCACCCUCCAGUCCGAGGAAUGGUUCCGAGUGAGAUUGGACAAGCUGUCAGAAGCUGCCAGGGUGAACACAGAUGCCAUCCGCACAGCCCAGGAAGAGAUUUCCGAGUACCGUCGACAGCUGCAAUCCAAAACUACCGAGCUUGAAGCUUUGAAAGGGACCAAGGAGUCUUUGGAGAGACAGAGGGCCGACAUGGAAGAUCGCCAUCAUGUCGAUGUCCUGUCUUAUCAGGAGAGUAUCGCACAGCUGGAUAACGAGCUGAGAAACACCAAGUGGGAGAUGGCAGCCCAGCUCCGGGAAUACCAAGAUCUGCUCAACGUCAAAAUGGCCCUGGAUAUAGAGAUUUCUGCAUACAGGAAGCUUUUGGAAGGAGAGGAGUGCCGCAUGGGAGCAGGAUUGGGACUAUUCCCUUUCCCCGAAGCCCUCCCCAAAGUUCCGAGCAUUUCCACUCAUAUCAAGGUCAAAAGCGAAGAGAAGAUAAAAGUGGUGGAGAAGUCAGAGAAGGAGACGGUGAUUGUGGAAGAGCAGACUGAGGAAGUCCAAGUAACUGAAGAAGUCACUGAGGAAGAUGGAGGUGAGAAAAAAGAAGGGGAGGAAGAAGAGGAAGAGGAGGAGGAGGAGGGAGGGGAGGAGGAAGAAGGAGAGGAAGAGAAAGAAGAAGAAGAGGAGGCAAAAGAGGAGAAGGAAGAAUCUGAAGGAGGAGAGGGUGAGGAGGAGGAGGAGGCUACAUCUCCAGAGAAAGGCAAAGAGUCUCCAUCAGCAGAAGCAGCUACAUCCCCAGGACAGGAGCCUGCAGAGAAAGAUGCAGGAGUCAAAUCUCCAGAAAAAAUUAAGUCCCCAGCAAAGGAAGAAGCUGAAUCUCCUGCAGCAAAAUCCCCGGCAAAGGCUGCCUCUCCCACAAAGGAGGAGGCCAAAUCCCCUGCCAAAGUGAAGUCCCCAACCAAGGAAGAGGCCAAGAGUCCAGCAGCCAAGUCACCCAAGAAAGUUCCGUCCCCCACCAAAGAAGCAGCCAAGUCUCCAUCAAAGGUUGUAUCUCCUACCAAGGAGGGAGGCAAGUCUCUAGAGAAGGACAAGUCCCCAGCAGUGAAAUCUCCAGAGAAAGAGGAGGCCAAGUCUCCAGAGAAGGUCAAGUCACCCACAAAGGAAAAAGCCAAGUCUCCAGAGAAGGUCAAGUCACCCACAAAGGAAAAAGCCAAGUCAUCAGAAAAGGAGGCAGCCCCACAAAAGGAAGCAGCCAAGUCACCCCAGGAAGAUACGAAGGCAGAUGUGAAAGAAAAGAAAGAAAAGGAGAAAGAGGAGGAGAAAGCACCAACAAAAGCAAAAACAGAAGAGAAGAAAGACAGCAAGAAAGAAGAGCACAAAAAGGAAACCACAGCUAAGGAUGUGCAGAAACCUGAAGUCAAGGUAGUGGCAGAGGAGAAGAAGGCCAAGACUGAGGACAAGGAAGAGACCAAGCCCAAGACACCUACCCCUGAGGAGAAGAAGGAGGAGGCAGCUGCUAAAGCUGAAGAGCCCAAAGAGAAGGAAAAGGAACCUGCCAAGCCAGCAACAAAACCCAAAGAAGAGCCUGCGAAAGAAGAGAAAGCAGCAAAGAAAGAGCCUGAGCCAAAACCUCAGGAGAAAGACACAAAGGCCAAGGAACCAAGCAAGCCAGCCAAGAAGGAAUCAGAGAAACCAAAGACAGAAGAGAAGAAAGAAGAACCCAAGAAGGAGAAAGUUGAGCCCAAGAAGGAGCAGGAGGAGAAACCCAAAGCUGAAGCCAAGGCUAAAGGAGAAGCCAAGAAGGAACCCAGCAAAGACCCCAAGGAGACGCCUGUGAAAGAAGCCCCCAAGGCAGCCAAGCCCAAGACAGAGAAAGUGGAGAAGUCCUCCAGCACAGACCCCAAAGAUAGUAAAACCACAGAGAAAGUGGAGUCGGCUGAGAAAGCAAAGAGCGAGAAGUGAAGAGAGGCCCUGGAGGAGCAUGAUGCCCCCCCCCCUUGAGGUGCUGCAGAGGGUCUCCCUGCCCCAGGGCUGGCUCCCACUGCCCUCCAAAGACCAGACUUUGCUUAGGUGAGCAGCCAUCGCUCUCUCACCGAGGAAUGUUAGCAAUAUGUUGAUGUGAAAGAAAAAUAAAAAACCCUAAUCAAGCAAUGAAACGAACUUCCCCACCCAAAGGGGGUUCGGUUAUGUUAUGAUAGCUUCCGUAGCAGAAUGUGAUAUACGCAGAAUGCCACAUUUAAACACUUGAAUUAUUUACCGGGGGGGGGGACCCAGAGCAAAACUUGACUGCCCUUUUCAAAUAAGUGCAUUUAUUUACCUAAUGGGCAACCAAGGGUCGAAUGCAAUAAAUGAAUGUAGAGCUGGGGGGAAAAGAGUUAAGCUUUGGAAGAUGUACAGUAGGCUAGAGAAUUCCAAAAUGAUCUAAAAUGCCUUGUUUUCAUUACAUACGCCACACACCUCUGUCAUCCUCACUUGAGUGCUUCAUCCCUAGCUAGUCUCAGGAUAUUUGGGGCACCCCUCUGCUGCAAGCUGAGAUGGGCUUGGAAAAGGUUUCAUGGUCUUGGCUCCUCCCCCACCCCCCAGUCUCAAGGGACUCUGGGAAAUCUAGUUGGGAAAGUGUGCCGCAAUGUUCGCUUGCCUUUUUGUUUCUUGGUGCAGGAAUGGCCAUUCUCAGAAUUCUUUGGGAGGCAGACAUACCAGGUAAACCAGUUUCCGUUUGUAGGUUAACAUGCCCUCUGUAUACAAUCACGUACACACACACACAAAGAAGUGCACUAUGUGUAGACUCACUCAGAAGUUCACUUCCAGUUGCUUUUGUGCAAUAUAAGCAAAUAAAAAUGCUUA